AUGGCUGGUUUCUACAGAUCCACAUACCAGGAGAACGGUGAGACCAAGUAUCUGGCCACCACCCAAAUGGAGGCUACUGACUGUAGAAGAGCCUUUCCAUGUUUUGAUGAACCAGCUUUGAAGGCCACUUUUGAUGUCAACUUGAUUGCCAAGAAAGAGCUGGUGUGUCUGUCUAAUAUGGAUGUGAAGUCCGAGACCGAACUGGAUGGUGGAAAGAAGAAGGUUUCCUUCAACACCACCCCAUUGGUGUCCACUUAUCUUGUUGCUUUCAUCGUUGGUGACUUGAAGUACAUUGAGGCUGACUACAAGUACAGAAUUCCCGUCAGAGUCUACACCACUCCAGGGUUGGAGGACCAAGGUAGAUUUUCCGUUGAAUUGGCCGCGAAGACUCUGGAGUUUUUCGAGACCAAGUUCGACAUUCCAUAUCCAUUGCCUAAGAUGGACAUGGUGGCCAUCCACGACUUCAGUGCUGGUGCCAUGGAGAAUUUUGGUUUGGUUACUUACAGGGUUGUCGACCUGUUGUUUGAUGAGCAGAACUCUACUCUUUCUACCAAGCAGAGAGUUGCCGAGGUGGUCCAGCACGAAUUGGCCCAUCAAUGGUUUGGAAAUUUGGUGACAAUGGACUGGUGGGAAGGAUUGUGGCUCAACGAAGGAUUUGCUACUUGGAUGUCUUGGUAUUCAUGUGACACUUUCUAUCCAGACUGGAAGGUUUGGGAGCAAUACGUCACUGACUCUUUGCAACAUGCUCUUUCUCUCGAUUCCCUCAGAGCUUCUCAUCCAAUUGAGGUUCCAGUCAAGAGAGCUGAUGAGAUCAACCAGAUCUUUGAUGCUAUUUCAUACAGCAAGGGUUCUUCUCUGUUGAAGAUGAUCUCCAAAUGGUUAGGCGAGGAAACCUUUAUCAAGGGUGUUUCCAACUACCUGAAAAAGCACAAGUACGGAAACACUCAAACCAGUGAUCUCUGGGAAGCUCUUUCCGAGGCCUCUGGUAAAGAUGUUGUCAAGGUUAUGGAUAUCUGGACUAAGAAGGUGGGUUAUCCAGUUCUGACUGUUACUGAAGAUGGUAACAAGAUCAACAUCAAGCAAAACCGCUACUUGACUACUGGUGAUGUAAAGCCAGAGGAGGACCAAACUCUGUACCCAGUAUUCCUUGGCCUGAAAACUGCUGAAGGCACCGACGAGUCCAUUGUUUUGGAUACCAGAGAAACCACUUUGGAGCUCAAAGAUUCCGACUUCUACAAGCUGAAUGGGGAUACUGCAGGUAUCUUUAGAACCUCCUACUCUCCUGAGAGAUGGGCUAAGCUAGGUGUGGCUGGUACCCAGGGUCUGCUGUCUGUUGAAGACCGUGCCGGUCUUGUUUCUGAUGCUGGUGCUCUUGCUGUUUCUGGAUACUCUUCUACAACCAACUUGCUGCAGUUGGUAUCCGGUUGGAAGUCAGAGCAGAGUUAUGUUGUUUGGAGUGAAAUCUUGACCAGAGUCGCAGCCGUCAAGGGUGCCUGGACGUUCGAACCAGAACAUAUCAGAAAGUCUUUGAACGCGUUCACAAGAGAUUUAGUCUCCAAGAACUGCCAUGCUCUUGGGUGGGAAUUCGCUGAAUCAGACUCAUUUUUGGAGCAACAGUUGAAGGCUUUGCUCUUUGGCGCAGCUGCUGGUGCUGACGAUGAGUCUGUUAUUGAAGCUUCCAAGUCAAUGUUCAAGGAGUACGUUUCUGGUAACAAGAAGGCUAUCCAUCCAAACCUGAGAGCCACCGUUUUUGGUACUGCAGCACGUACCGGAGGUGCCUCAGAGUACGAGCAAUUACUUGCAAUCUAUAACGAUCCUGUGUCUGUGGACGAGAAGAUCACUGCUUUGAGAUGUCUUGGCAGAUUCGAGGACAAAGAACUGAUUGCGAAGACUCUUGCCAAGCUUCUUGAUGGUAGUGUCAGAUCGCAGGAUCUCUACAUCCCUAUGCAGGGUUUGCGCACCAGUAAGGUUGGUGUUGAGAGUUUGUAUGCCUGGUUGAAGGUGAAUUGGGAUGAAGUCUAUGCCUUGCUUCCACCUGAACUCAGCAUGUUGGGAUCUGUUGUGACUCUCUGUACCUCUGGUUUCACCAAGACAGAGCAACUGGAAGACGUCAAAGCAUUCUUCGCCGGUAAGAGUACCAAGGGAUUCGACCAGGGUCUGGCCCAGUCCUUGGACACCAUUCAGUCGAAGGCUUCUUGGGUCAAGAGAGACGGUGCCAAUGUUGAAAAGUGGUUGGCUGAUAAGAAGUACUGA